AUGUUUAAUGGCAUUACGAGGUGGCGGCCCCGGCACAGCGCCCCGCAACAUGGAGCCGUGGGCUCUAGCCAAGGCCAGGCGCGACUCCAGAGCGGACGGCCCUGGAAAAAGGUUGCGCUCUCUGUUGCUGUGGGGCCGGAACAUUACGAGGUGCUUGGGCAGGUCACGAGGCCCUGGCUGGAGCUGGUGGUCGGAGCCAGACGCCUGGGGAGCUCCAUCUGA